AUGUCAUCGCCAAACAGAAGGUUAGGGCCACGACGUGCCACGAGACCGAUCCAGGAUCCCGCCGAGGCAAGGCGGUGGACGGAGACGUUGACGUCUGAUCCCUUUGUUCGCACAACAGAGGAAUUCCUGCGGCGGUUCCCUCCGGCCUCUGCUAUUCAGGAGUCCAUGACCUCCCCGGUCGAGGAGGAACCUAUGACACCACGCCUUCCUCUCGGAGCUGCCCAGCACUACGAUCCCAUACCAGCGCCCCCGGCCCGCCCUGCUCCAGCUCUCCCGCGACCCAGCUAUAGUGGUCUCAGUGAUGCCGACGACCGAGAUCAGCAUGUCAUCUCCAAGCAGACAAGAAUCAAUAGCGGCAGCAAGCGCACCAAGAACCUCGUCGGCUUGCAUAACCCGGGAGCCUGGUGCUAUGCCAACAGCUCCAUCCAGGCAAUGUUCGGCUCGACUGGAUUCGCGGAGGAGCUUCUAAGUGGAGAGUGGACAAGAACGUACCAAGUUCCAAAGAAAAUCGACGAGAAGAUUAUGCCGCCACAGCUUCUCACUAAAAUUGUUGCAAAUUUGUUCCACUGGAUGCAAAAUGGCAAAUUCAAGGCCAUGCAAGCUAAAACCUUGAUGGACUAUAUAGCGCAUAUCAGCUCGAAAGAUGCUAGGGGAUAUCCGGAGAUUCACGAUGAGACUAAUGUUCGUCGUGACCAACCCGAGCUGAUUAAACAACCGGAUCUGAAUGGGCGAUCUGUCCUCGAAGGGGCGGUGGAGUACUGGAAUCAGUAUAUCAAGAGCAACGCUUCGCUCAUCACGAAGUACUGGCGCGGACUGGACGCCACUAUAACCAGCUGCAAGUCAUGCCAGUAUAAGACGACCAGGUACGAGGCAUUCGACCUCGUGCCCCUGGCCAUUCAGCGACGCUCAACGCUAGAGGCUUCACUCCAGGCAUACACGCACACCGAAGACAUGGCCGACUACAAGUGCGACAAGUGCCAAAAGCACGGGACGUCCAUCCGCGAGCAGCGCUUCGCGCGCCUCCCGGACCUGCUCUGCCUGCAGAUCCGCCGCUUCGGCUCCGGCGACAUCAAGGACCACACCGAAGUCGAGUUCCCGCUCCGAGACGUCGACAUGUCGCCGUACUUCCUGCGCGACAACCCCGGCGGCGUCGCCGACCACCACUUCCAGGGGCCGUUCAUCUACGACGCCUAUGCGGUCGUCCUGCACGCUGGCGGUCUGCGGAGCGGCCACUACUGGUCGUACGUGCGCGACGAGUACGCAAGCGACCCCACGCAGUGGCACCUUUUCAAUGACGAGCGUGUGACGCCUUAUAAUAUCAGGACGCCCGACGAUAUGCGCAAGCUGUACAAGGAUGGCGCAGGCACGGCGUACAUUGUCUUUUACCAGAGGAGGGACGUAAGCAGGUAA